AUGUGUGACCGACACCCAUUCGAUCAAAGAGUUGAGGAUAUCAUGCGUGGUGCCGAUGGCAUGAGUGUGACAGAAGAGCAUAUGUACCACCCGGACAGGAGCAUGUUGCCGCCUCCGCUUACGCAAGAGCAGAAGGAAGAAGCAGACAAAUUCUAUGAGGAGAAUAAGGUCAAGAUUGAGGCGAAGAUGGCGAAGCGUGCGAGGGGAGCUGAAGGGAUGCCCGGUCGUAGUCAGGGCAGACUACAACCUUGA